GCGAAGACUGUGUGCGCUCUAUCUACCUGCGGAGACUUCUCCGCUCGUGACCUCGUGCAUUCUUUCUACGUUUCUUUUUUCGCGCAGUGUACUAUCGCGCACGUGGCAGCAUCGUCGGGAAUCACCGUCAUUAGAGCUCGAUACUCGCGAUCACGACAAACGGAGAUAAGAGAUAGCAGCUGCAAUUCAUUAUCUCUCUUACCGCGCAGCCGGGCGAGGCCGUCGGUACGAGUACCUGUAUCGCACGUCACGCGUGAUCCGAUAAUAGUAUUCUUGACCUCCCUCGUAGAGUGCUUUCGAUACAUAUAUAUAUAUAUAUGGAUUAUAUCCACGUCGUCUUCGAUUCGUCGUCAGCGGCUCGAAACACUCGGAGGUAUUUCGUCGCGAUAGUCCGCUCGUAACGGCCGCAAUUAGUUCAUCUUCUGUUGAAUUUACGUCACGUGGGUGAUUGGAAACCGCGCGAUGCGAUGCUGUUGCGUUUCAUGAGGCGAAGUGGAAGCAACGGACGUUGGUCCGCAACAUUGCUACCAUGUCACGUGGCCGUGACACCGUAAUCGUUGCGAAGAAACGGAUUUCCUCGGACAGCGACGUGAUUCCGCGUGCUCUCAUUGGAGCGCGACGCGAUAAUUGGCGGAAAUUCACCUGGUCGAGGUGAUACGCGGGCGUUUCGAGAGCGGCUGUGUGUGCCCGCAAGAGUGAUCAGCGGACUGAAGAACGAGCGGAUUGUUCUCCAUGAUAUACCGGGUGGCGGGGUGAUAAACUCGGGAAGAUCGACGACGUGAUUUCGUCCGAGGGUGAGAGUGGAAACACGCACUACAACCGAUCUGGUGCCGCAACUGCUGGGUAUGUUCGACGAGCUGGCGCGUCGACGCGAUGGCUAUAGCGGCGAGCACGGAGUCUUGACGUCGUCCUGCGGGAUCCCGACGGCCUUGCAGAAACGCCUGAGCCUGGUACCGGCCGCUCAUCGGGGCUCCAUAUUCGGUCAACUGUGCACCAACGGCGACCUGGCUAAGUCCGCGCAUCAAGGAGAUCCGAGGAACAACGGAAAAGAGGAGCACACAGACGCCACCGGCAACACCAUGCUGGAGACGGUCGUUGCGGAGUCCGUGACGUCGCUGGAGGAUGAACGUAACGGGGGAUCCACCGAGGAAAAGCAGUCCUAUAGGCGAGAGAGCAGCAGUCUCACCCCGCUUAGAUACAACAGGCGCUGCAGAAACGGCGGUAGACCGCUCUCUGGAAGCUCCAUCGCGUCCAGCACGUCCUCUAGUAGCUGCAGCAAUCAAGGUAACACGUGCACGGUCAAUCCCUAUUUGGCGUCCGUCGAAUCCCUCGCCGAUACCUGCGCCAGUUCCCAGGGUUCCGCGGAUAGCGGAGUCGUGACAGUCUCGGAAGCCAGUUGUCGAAUCUUGAACGACGACAAUGGUCAGAGAAGGGACAGCGCCGAGGAGGAUCCCGCGUGUCACAGGCCGCGCUAUUGCGACCUGCACCGCAAUCCCGUCGAGAUGGUACUCCUGGAGAUCGUGGACACGGAGGCGAUAUACGUCGAGCAUCUGCGCCAAGUUAUUCAGGGUUAUCUCAUAUUCUGGCGAGACGAUCCGUUGUUCGCGCGACAAUUGCAUCUCGGCGAUUUAUUUAGCAAUAUUGAAGAUAUCUUCAAAUUUAAUAGAGAAUUUUUGCGAGAACUCGAGAAAUGCGGUUUAGAUCCAGUUUACGUUGCGGAUACGUUUAUUCAGCACAUAUCAGGAUUUAAAGUGUACACCGACUACUGCACCAAUUAUCCAAAGGCAGUCUCCGUACUGACCGAUCUAAUGAGCCGGGAAGAAAUCGCAUCCGCUUUUUGUGAACGACAAGCCGCCCUGGGGCACGCGCUGCCGCUCGGAUCGUUUCUUUUGAAGCCUGUCCAAAGGAUUCUCAAGUAUCACCUGCUUCUGAAGAAUUUGUCGAAGGAGUACGGUGCCGAUUGUGAUUCGAGAGAGAACGAGGCUGAUGAGGGCAGAAGUGCCAUCGAGGCUGCUCUCGCCGCGAUGACUGGCAUUGCGGAGGACAUCAAUGCCAUGAAGAAGCGGCACGAGCACGCCGUACGCGUUCAGGAGAUUCAAUCACUUUUGUACGGUUGGUUGGGACCAGACCUAACUACAUGCGGCGAAUUGAUUAUGGAGGGCCAAUUCAGGAUGCGAGGGGCCAAGGUGCCGAGGCACGCCUCCCUUUUCGAACGAAUGCUAAUGCUCACGAAGAAAAGGGAGGAUGGCCUUCUCGUGUAUAAAGCUCACAUUAUGUGUUCAAACUUGAUGCUGAUCGAAAGUAUCCCAGGGGAGCCACUUAGUUUUCACGUAAUACCUUUCGACAAUCCUCGAUUGCAGUAUACAUUACAAGCGCGCAACUUAGAACAAAAGAGAGAAUGGACUUUUCUGAUUAAGAGAGUAAUAUUAGAAAAUUACAACGCAGUGAUUCCUUCGCACGCGAGACAAUUGGUCUUACAACUGGGUCAAACGCAACAGGAAGAUGACGCCUUGGCGGACAAAAGCUCGGCGAAGAAGUAUUCCGCACCUCUGGAAUACUUGGAGAAACGUAAGCAGGAGAGGGAGAGACGCAGAUCCGAAACCGGUCUCAGGCAGAAGUUCAAGAAGGGCUCCAGAAAAUCAGAUACCGCGAUAGAGAGCUCGCCCGCGUCGUCGCGCAAGAACGACAACGAAAAUCGCAUCAUUAACGACUCCAGGGAGCAAACUUUCAACAGGUCCUCGGAUGCGCGAGCAUCGAAAGUCAAGGAUCGCUUCACCGGCUGGAGACGCAAGUCCGAGCCCGGCUUCCAGUCUUACGUGUGCCUCAACCACUCCGACGAGGAGGAAGCGCGGAAGGACGAGGCGGGCGCGGACGUGGAGUCCGCAACCGCCGAGACCGAGGAGGCGGCCGAGGUUCGCUCGAGCGAGGAGGAGCAGAAAGCGGCGACGUUGAGCUCGCCAGCGGUCGAAGCCAAAGAGAACAACCACAGCGAGCAGCAGCAGGCCGCCGAGGCGCAGACGGUGGAGCAGAUCGUCGGUCACAUCCUCAAGCAGAACCAGGAGUUCCAGAAGCUGCUGGAGAAGCAGCGGACCAACAGCAUCAUCAACGUGCGGCAGCAACGCUUCAACAAGCGCAUCACGGCCGACACGUCGGACGAGAGCGACGCGGAGAGCUACGUCGCCGGCUCGGCCGGCCACAACAACAACAGCAACAACAACAACAGCAGCAACAACCGACUGGGCCGUGGGCGAUUCACGCAACGAGAACAGCGUCUGAUCCGGACGAACAACGCGUGGAACUCGCUGUCCUCGGCGGCGACGCGGGAGAAUCCGCCGCUGCAGCUGCUCUACGACAACCUGAAGACCAGCCAGAAGUCCACCGAGGCGUCGAUCCUCGCGCGCAGCGCCAAGACGAACCACGUGCACGAGAAGCGGGCGCUCUUCGAGGCGUUCAAGCGGCAGAGCAUCGUCACGGACAGCAAGGUAAUCAAGACGGCGCUGCGGAUCCGUGACGCCGGCAACGCGGAGCCGAUAUCGGACUCCUCUCCGGGCCAGGCUUCGCGACCGGAGCAACGAAAGGAGUUGAAUUCCCCGAGGGCGGAACGCUGCGACGGCAGCGAGGCGGCGACGCGCGACUCCAAGGGCUUCGGCAACUACGACAACCUGCAACACGUCUGGGAGGGUCUGGAGAAGGACGUCGAUGGCCCCACCCAGCCGGCGGUUUGGCUCACCAAGCUGUGCGAGGGGCUGCCAACCUCGCCGCCCAAGUGCGGCUCGUUGCCCCGCAGCUUCCAGAUCAGCCCGAACUCCCAGCCGGGCGUGACGAAGUCGCGCUUUCUGCAGCGCGACGGCAAGCCGAUGAGCGAGCGGCCGUUCACGAUCGCGUCCGACAAGCCGGCCGAGAUUAAUCUCGAGGACAUGGAGAGGUACGCGUCCACGUGCCAGCCCGAGGGCAGGAUCGCCAAGUUCCCGACGCCCACCUCAACGAGCUCCUCCAGCUCGUCGACCUUCCUCUGCUCACUGGAGGACGCGGCGUUGAGGGACGCGUACGCGGACGUGCGCGUGUCCGCGAACGGCGCGAGCAUCCACCCGGACCACAAGAUUUACCGGGCGAACGGCGGCAGCGCGAUUUUCAGGAACGUCUUCUCCAAGGCUGGCAGUCGGCUGCAGGGUCUACGGAACACCAUGAGCACGGAGACCCUCGAGUGCAGCGACGAGCUCGAGCGUGCGCGUCACUUCCCGUCUCUGGGCGUCGGCAAGUGUCAGCUGAAGAGGCGCAACAAGUCGAAGCAGGCGAAGGAGUCGUCCUCGGACGUGGAGGAGCUGGUGGGCUGCGCCGGUGUCUCGGACCAGCGGGUGCCUCUGCUCUACUACAAGCAGGGCAGCUCCAGCUUGGGCGCCAGGAUCGCGCAGUCGGACUACGCCGACCCGGCGAUCCUCUUCGCCGAGAACAAGCGCAAUCAGUCGUCCUCCGAUCGGUUCAAGAAGACCGACGGCAGAGACUGCGGAGAGGAGGAGCCGUGCGACAACGCCGGGGAGCGUCGCGAGAGCGAGACCGACAGCUUCUACGAGAGAUGCUUCGAGACUAUCGAAAACUACGUAGAUGCCGACGUGGACGAAGCGUUCCGGGACAGUGCAAUAUUCAGCGACGUCGACGAGGUGUUCGUGGCGCAACAGCCGACGAAGGCGAAGCUCGCACCACCGAUACCCGCCAAGAGGAAGCAGGACACGUCCUCUUCGCUGUCGAGGUACAGGCCGAACGUUGCGCGGAAGCCGGAUUACCUGAGGGUGAAGUCGGCCUUGGCGAAGGGCAACGCCGUCGGUGAGCCGGAACUCGUCGUCGGCAACGUCACCGCGAGAUUACCGUCGGCGAACGGCUGUCAGGGUGGCGAUCCGCGGGACGCGGUCGAAGCGAACGGGGACGACGUCUCCGCGGGCCAGAGCCAGGCAGGCUGGGUGCGGAAGAUAGUAGGUCAAUUGCAGGGCCACGUGGACACGGGUUGACGCGCCCAUCGCGUGACAGAAUCAUCCGAGAAGGCCUCGGGUACACGCAGCGUGAGGCGAGUUCUACGCGAAGGGAAUGCUUUUAUACUUGGGUGCAGGUAGACGCAGCGUUUCCUCGAAAUCCGUUCAAACUUUUCAACUCGAUCGCUUCAAGUUUCACUGGAACUUGACGGUUCAACUUGAGUAGUUCCAAUUCCAUUGACACUUGGUGCCUCGACUUCAUUGGUUUAUUAAUAAGUUGCAUUGAAACUUGACGGUUCGAUUUAGGCGAUUCAAGUUUUAUUGACACCUCAAGGUUUAACUCGAUUGUUUCAAGUUUCAUUCGAAUUUGAGUGGUUUAACUUGUUGGUUCAAGUUUCACCGGGGCUUAAGCGGGGCUUUCAGUUGUAUCGGAACUUGAUGCUUCGAGUGGCUCGAAUUUCAUUGGAAUUUGAUGGUUCAAGCAGAAUUUUACACUCAACGACAUACAGACGAUGAAGUCUAGCACUCUGUAGGUUCAAGGUACCUCUAGACAAUGUAUGUAGGCAACUUGAGACAUUGUGACAUGCACGACUCAAGGAUGCAGAGAACAGGGUCGUUUAAUUGCCCCAACGGAGAGAAAGAUGUCUCACGUUCAGAUUUCUCACGUCGCUCCCACCGACGAGCGAGUUGGAAGCGAUCGUUCCAUUCUAUUACAAGCCGCUGUACCGAGAAAAAGUCAGAGAACUGGGUGAAGUUCAGCAUUUGCAAGUUUCUUCAAACGUGCCUGGAAUGCCGUUAACAUCGUGAGGCGAUACCGUUGAUAUGUAAUGAUUUCGUACCGCACUUCGGUGUCAGCGCGAAGGAGACCGCCCACGUGCACGUUCACGUGUCAUAUCUCAUAGAAAUGUAAGAAAUUACACGCCGAGUUCUCAUACUUGAUACUUAUCCCCUAUAGACUGUUGAUGUAUAUUAAGUAUUGUUUCAUAUUAUACUUAUGUUAUACAUAGAAAAUACACGGAGAACACACAUGUUUAAUUAUAGUUAUACAGAAGCAUUUACGAAGUCAUCUAGAUUUUGAUUGAAGGGGGACACUUGAUACGCAUAUGGAGCCGCAAUACGAGCCUGCAAGUUCGGUAUUGUUUGGACAAACGUCACUCUUAAUCAAUUUUCCACUCUGUUAGGAUAUUUUUUUUUUUUUUUUAGAUAACUGUGACUCGUUUCUGACAUCGUCGUUUUGUAAUUAAUAAAUUGUAAUUAUUAAAAUAUCGGUUGGAAUAAGGCAAAAUGUUACCUCGUGCAUUCGUUCGCGAAACGAUCGGGACACAUUUCGGCGAGAAAGUUGGGUGGGCCGCAUUGAGUAGUCCGAUUACGAGCUGUCACGAGCUUGCGCGGCAAUCGGUCACGACGGGAGCCGAGAUGACAGUGUACGAAAUAUUGGACGUCACAAUUGCAAAAAAAGAAAAAAAAGAAACGUAAAGCAUCUUUAUUAUACUCUUAUCUGCUAGAUAAAAGAUAAAAGCAUAAUAAAGGGGACUAAUGUAUUUGCUCUGUGUACACAUUGCGUUGUAUGUACUUUACCAUCUCGUAGAUCAAGGUCCGCAUUCUGAAUUAAUUCUAAUUAUGACGGUUGAGUUAUAAUGACUCUAGUUACAAAUGGUUUCAACCUUGUGCGUAUAAUGAGACGGUAAAGACAUGUAUAUUGUACUGUAUCUGUCAUUUCGGCUGUCAUUACAAAUGAUUAAUGCGCAAACCUGUCAGGGAUAGGAACUCGUAUUAUGGCAACUUAAAGCGCUCCCACAACUUCAUUGAAAAUAAAUGUAUCUACAUCGUUCUGCGAACGAAUGUACAAACGUCAGCACAAAACGGUAUUCUGUACAUUGAUCGAUUAAACGAGACGAAUACAAAACGAUGUUUCGCAUAUUAAUUGAUUAAACGAGAGAGAGAGAGGAGAAGAGAGGCGAGGAGGGGCGAAUACUGGAAAGAUGAAAACAUUUUACAUUAGUCUCAAUCGUAUUUACUUAAUUUUUUUAUUUAAUUAAUGUCACGAUAGGGACCGUUUACUCAAUAGAAUAUGCGGAAUGUCGCUUUUAUACAAAUGAUCUCAGCAAAUUUGCGAUCGUUGAUAAGUGCCUGUCGAUAAUUUCAGGGAAAAUUUCAAAUCGCGACGUAAAGCAUUGAGGGUUUUCGGCGGGGGGAUGAUUGACCGCAUUGCGAUAACCGCGUCUCACCGUUAUAAAGUCACAGAACAUGCCAUUUGUAAGAAGCUGUUUUGCGAACAAAGAGAAUAGUCGAUAUAUAUAUAUAGACAUAUAUGUAUUGUGCUAUUGAUGUACAUAGUAAUAUAACAUUUUAUAAAA